GGAGGAGGAGGAGAUGGUGGUGGUGGAGGAGAUGGUGGCAAGUAGGCCAUAGUGCAGGUGUGUGAGGGGGUGAAACAUGGCCCUGUCGGUGGGCAUGGGCUUCUUCUUCCACCUCUCCCCCACCCCAAAUCAUCCUCACCAUUCUCUGGAGUAGUUUAGACUGCUUCAACACACACCAAGCCAAGCCAAGCCAAAGCCAAUCUAGCCGUGCUGCUUUCUCUCUCCUGUCACCUCUCUCCUCUGUUGGUCUCUCACUCUCACCAUCUCCUCUUCUGUUCUUCUCUUGCUUGGCUUGGCCUGGCCUUCUCUCUUUCCUCAGGAUGCAUGGAUGGAUAGAUAGAUAAGAUAGCUAGGUAGCUCUCUCUCAAGGAAACAUUCCCCACUUUAUGCCAUAAUAAUUAAUACUAUUGUUGUUGUUAGCCAUAUUGUUAUUAGUAGUAGCAGUAUCACUAACCAAGCCAUGCAUACUACUACUACCACCACCACAAUCCAUGCUUUUGUUAUCUAGCUAACCAAGAAACAAUAUAAUCCCCUCUUUUCAUUUGCUUCCUCCUCUUCUUGACUCCUUGAGGCCAACACCAAACCCUUCACCCCCUACUCCUCUUUCUAUUCCACUACCAACACAAACCUACAACUUGUAAGUUAUAAGAGCUCAACACCAUCACCAACUCAAACCCUUCCUCCAAACUAGCAAAGGAAGGAGGAAUCAUCCUAAUAUUAGGCUACUAGCUAAGCUAGCUCUCUUACCCUAGAGAGCUAGAGACGCCAUGGAGUACAAGAGAUCAUCGCAUGUGGAGGAGGAGGAAGAGGAGGAAGAAGAGGAGGACGACGAGGAGGAAGACGAGGAGGAGCAAGGUCACCAUCAGUACACGACGGCGGCGGCGCAGCAGCAGCUGCACCCGCAGGUUCUUGGCUCGUCGGCUUCCUCGCCGUCGUCGUUGAUGGACUCCGCCGCUUUCUCGAGGCCCCUCCUGCCUCCCAACCUGUCGCUCGUGUCGCCGUCGGCGGCGGCGGCGGCGGCGCCCGGUGGAUCCUACCUGCAUGCGGCUCACCACCAUGGGCAGGGAAGAAGGGUGGAGGCGCCUGGUGGGGAGAGCCAGCACCAUCUCCAGCGCCAUCAUGAGCCGGCGAGAAAUGGCGUUCUUGGCGGCGUCGCCGGUGCUCACGCGGCGUCUACGCUUGCCCUCGUGGGUGGUGGUGGUGGUGGUCCGAGAGGCGGCGAGGGGGCGGCGGGCGAGGCGCCGACGUGGAGGUACAGGGAGUGCCUCAAGAACCACGCGGCGCGGAUGGGCGCGCACGUGCUCGACGGCUGCGGCGAGUUCAUGUCGUCCCCUGGCGACGGCGCCGCGGCGCUGGCCUGCGCCGCGUGCGGCUGCCACCGUAGCUUCCACCGCCGCGAGCCGGCGGUCGUCGCGCCGGCCUCGCUCUCGCUCUGCCCCGCCUCCGCCUCCGCCUCCGCCGCCGCCGGCCUGGUGUCCCUAUCCCCCUCCGCGACGCCCACCGGCGCCAACUCCUCCCGGCUCAUGCCGCUCCUCCUCGCCCCGCCGCACAUGCAGAAGCGCCCGCCCGUCCUCCCCGUGUCCCCGGCGUCUGCGCCCGCCGCGCUGGCCGAGUCGUCAAGCGAGGAGCUGCGCCCGCCGCCGCUCCCCUCUUCCCACCCCCACGCGCACGCGGCCGCCGUGGUGGCGGCGUCGGCCUCCGCGCCGCCGGGGCCGAGCAAGAAGCGCUUCCGGACCAAGUUCACGGCGGAGCAGAAGGAGCGGAUGCGUGAAUUCGCGCACCGCGUCGGGUGGCGCAUCCACAAGCCCGACGCCGCCGCCGUCGACGCGUUCUGCGCCCAGGUCGGCGUCUCCCGCCGCGUCCUCAAGGUGUGGAUGCACAACAACAAACACCUCGCCAAGACGCCCCCGUCGCCGACAUCGCAGCCGCCGCCGCCGCCGCUCCACCACGAUCCUUCUCCUCCUCCCCCUCCUCACCACCACCACCACCACCAUCACCACCACCACCCACCACAACACCAUCAGCAGCAGCAGCAGCAGCAUGAUGCAUGAGAGAGUGAGCGAGUAGAACAAUGCAGAGAGGAUGAUGCAUUAGCAUUAGCUAUUAAUUAGCUCUCCUUUAGCUUUUCUUCUCCUGUGUAAUUCUUCCAAGACUGCAGUAACCCUCCCUGUUGUUAAGUUUAACUCAUGCAGCAGCAUCAGUUACUUAGGAGAGUAGAUGCAUUGUUGCCAUGAGAGGUAAUUAAAUCUGAUCUUAGGACAUGCAUGCACGCAUUGCUUUGCUUCCCUUGGAUAAACAUGAUUAGGUUUAGCAUGAUAGAGCCAAAUGCUAAGUGCAUUUUAGGGCUUCUUUCUUCUCUCUCUUGCUAGUGCUAGUGGUAGUGCAGCAGUAGUGCAUGCGCGGCUGUGCUUGUAUGUAGUAUUGUGUUGGAGUAGUAGCAGAAUUCGCAGUGGCAUUUGCAAUGCAAUGCUCUCUGCUGCCUAUCUUGGCCUUGGGCACCACAUGCUUUUGACUUUGCCUUUCGGGUUUGUAGGAUUCCUUUUGGCAGAGGGUGUGUAUUGUGCUUGUGCAUUGUUGCUGCAUGCAUUGGGGUUUGGUACUUUGGUUUGGUGAGCGAGAGGGAGAGGGAGAGUGGAGGGGGUCCCUUUGGAGGUACUUAGGCAUGGGGGUUUGUCAUUUGGUGUGCAAAAGUACAAUUAGGGGGGUCAUUAAAGGGAGUGUUUGUUUAUGGCUUCUAAGCUUCUGUGCUGGGCUUUUCUUCUGUCCUGGCAGGGUGGGGACACCUCCACUGCCCUUGCUGCUAAACCCCCUUUCUUAAGGGCUUUUGCAGCCUUUUUUGGGGGGCAAUUUUGUUUGAGCUGCUUCUAGCCUUCUGCCAAAGCUGUUUUUUUUUUCUUUCUCUCUCUCUUUCUUCCUUCCUCUCUCUCUCUCUCUCUCUCUCUCUCUCUCUUUCUCUGGUGGUGUUGGACUUUGGCCAGAAGGCAAGUGCAUGUGAGAGUGGACUGUUGUGUCAGAAACUCAAAGGGGAAGAAAGCCCUGUGUUUUGAGUGUGUGUGUGUGUUGGAUGUAGCCUAUGCAGAGUGAAUGAUGAUAUGUACUUGUCGGCAAAUACAAGGCUUGGAUUGGAGCCAUUCAACUUUGCAUUUGAUGCGGUAAGGAGAAAGAUGUGUUCUUGGUAAUGACAUUUCAUCGCACCGUUUGUUUUCAUGUCACCAACAUGAUAUAUAUUGAUGUUUCUGUCUU